CUUGCUCGCUUGUUUUUGCUUUUUAUCUCAUAACUAAUCCGCUGUGCCGGCGCUCAGCUAAGUUCCCUACACGAUACUAGCGAUCGACGAGCCGCAGCGAUCGAAUCCCAUUACAUUACCUUUUUUCCGAGUCGAACCAAUGGUCAAUUCUUAUUAAACCGGGAGGAUUAUAGUCUUGUUGGACCCGGCUGUGAGGGUUCAGUACCCGCCAAAAGGCGAAGCAAGCCAUGUCGAAUAACGAUCAGUCCGUUCGGAGGCUGUUACCGCAGAGCUCUAACUCAUCCUUAAACUCGUUUUCAUUCGCGCCGCCGACUUAUCAGCCUCCCAGAGAAACUCAAAAGAAUUAUGUAUUCGUUGACGAACAUAACCGCCAUAAGCGGUUGAAGGUGAUGAGAGCAUGUGAGGGUUGUAGGAGAAGGAAAAUCAAGUGCGAUGCUGCGACGACGAAUACAUGGCCUUGUUCUGCUUGCAUCCGGUUGAAACUACAUUGCGUAAGACCUAAUGGGCAGUACGAAGGAUCACCGACGGAAGGCCCGUCUUACGAAGCUGGGCGAUCGGAAUAUGAUAUCGCAUCAGGGCAGGACAGCUUCAGAGCCAUGCCUAUGCCGCAGCCUUCUGCGCAACCUAUGAUGGCUGGUCAGCCGAAGCCCACCAUGUACCCGACGCCCGGUCCUUAUGCUGAACACCAAGGCGUCUACACUCCGAUGCCGUACGGAGACCCGCCCCCAGCGCCGCACCAACUCCAAUAUACUACUAUUCCUUCCCAAGUAGGUGUUAUGGACCAGCCGUAUGCUUCCACCAGCGUAUUCCCGACUCCGCCGAUGCCUCAGCAUUCUGUGCACUCGGAACCAUCCCCCGAGUCUUAUCAAGACCAAUACGGACAGCAGGACCUUGCGGAUAUUCUAGGAGCCCUCAAAGUUGAUGAAGCAGGAACAGCUCCGUACCUAAAUAAAAGGAUGGCAUUUGUGGGGCAUGAAGAGGAACCCGCCGUUGAAGAUGACGAUGAUUUCAAGACUGUGCUGCCACCUAUACCAUCUGGGCCCGGUCUUAAGAUACGCAUACCUCCAGAAUUAAUGCCAGACGAGGCAACUAUUAUGCAUUACUUUGAACUUUAUUUCACUAACGUACAUCCUUAUGUUCCGGUGUUGAAUAAAACUCAACUGUACCAACAGUGGCACACGAACCGAGAAUCGAUAUCCCCAUUGCUUUUGGAAGCGAUUUUUGCAGUUGCCGGUCGUCUUGCCGACGAGCCCGCACAAGGGCAACAAUGGAUAGCCCUGGCUUCGAAACAUGCCGAUUCUUUUAUGGAUGUACCGCGACUGAGCACUCUUCAAGCUCUUUUAAUCAUAUUGAAAGCGAGGGAGGCUUCACCAAAGCGUGGCUAUUAUUAUCGAUCUUGGAUGUCCAUUGUGCACUGCGUGGCUAUGGCUAAAGAUCUCGGACUUGACGAGCAUAUGGAUAUUCACAGGGCUGGUAAAUCCUGCGGCUCUUCUCCUGGGGAGUGUUUCACAAAGAGCCGCAUAUGGGAAACUAUAUUCGUAUGCGAGACUAUGAUAGCCGCGCCCCAAGGGCGGCAAGAUCUCUCUGUGGAUGCCGAUUCUGUUGACUUCAAUGUUCCAAGACUUAUGCCAGGUUGCGAGGAAUCCGAAUAUAAUGCAACCCGGAAUUUUACGUAUUUAGCCCGCAUUGCCCGAAAUUUGAAUCGGGUGAACACCGUUUAUGCCAAAAUCAAGAAGAAGAAGGAUUGGGGCAUCGACCCCGAACUGGUUCAACUUAACCCGACCAUAACGGGAUGGCUCAACGAUCUACCGCCCGAUCUACGCAUCACAUUCCCUCCGGAUGGAUCACCGCCAUGGCUUCCUUCACAUUUUAUUGGAAAUAUGCAUUCUUAUUAUUAUCUAAGUGUUAUAAUUCUUCACCGACCGCAGUUAUCCUUUUUGGAACCAAUGGGCGCCGACGGGCAGUGGAAAUCGCACAUGUUUCUUUGCUAUUCAUCGGCCAAGGCGCUCUGUCGCCUCCAAGAAUCAAUGUUGCAAUCGUUCGGUCUAAACGGGCUCCAAUGCAUGCAACGAGGCAUUAGUUUCACCAUAUACGCUAUACUUUCUUGCAUUGUCCUCCAUCUUGUUGCGUUGACUUCUCCUGAUCCGGAACUCAACAGCGAUGCGCGAGACUACUUCACCCGGCAUAUGAGAGUUCUGGAGAGGACGAUGCAUUCUUGGCCGCUGCCAGAAAUGUUAAAGCAAAUCGACGCUGUUCGAGAGGCCUUUUCGGCAGAUGUCAGGAAGCCGUUUGUCCUGAAACCGAGUUUUCCCUACGGGAGCCCGCAUCCUAGUAGUCAUUCAAGCCCGCCUACUGCUAAUACGUUUAAGCCUCCUAUGUUGCAGACGAGCUCGUUGGACCAGGGUAUGGAUCCGCAGACUGGCCAGCACCAAGUUAGUUAUGCCAACCAUCCUAUUACACCCAUAUCCGUUGGUUCUGCGGACAACAAGAGUGACUCUCCUUCUGCACAGUCGCUCUCCAUAAUGAACCCCGGUCAGAACGCGAUAUCACUAGGUGAUCAUCCCACAUGGAAUCCAUCGCGUCUAUUCGAGCAAUGGAACUCGACAUUCGGUGCUCCCGAAGUCCCGACGUCACAGGACAUGCAGCUUGCAAGCGCGUCCUUACCGGCUGUAACGCAGCCCUUGUCGCAUCAACAAUAUUCGGCUCCACCCGUACACACCUUUGUUACUCCAGCUAUGUGGCAAGAGUCAGUUGCUAGCGUCUACGAAGGCGGUCUCAAGCGACAUUGGGAUUACGACAACGGAACUUCGAUUGCCCAGCCGAUCAAGCGCCGUUGAGCCGAUUACGCAGUACUAAUGACCGCCCACUCAGAUAUUGCCUUCCCUCUUUGGCACAAGCCUGCCUGGAUGACGGAUCUUAAUAAUAUGCGACUAAGUGGAAAUGAUUUAACGAUGGCAUAAGGA